AUGUCAACUCCAGCUUCGUCUUCUAGCAGUGUGACCGAAGAAAAACAGGCUCCCACUUUAGCUGAACUGGUUAGAAAGUAUGAUACGGAAAAUCUUAUCGAAUUUUUGAAGGAGCAGAAAGACUUGCAACUUGACGAAACUCAUUUCGAAAUCUUACGCAAUGAGAUCACCGGACGCACAUUCCUCAAAUUGACCAAGGAAGAAUUCAUGCAAGAUGGGUUGAAGAGAGGGCCUGCUACGACUCUUGCCGACUAUGCCAAGGAAAUCAAGGAGAAAAAAUUGAGGGCGUUUUCAUCGUACCGCAGUCUAAGAGAAGUGUUAUUAAGAUAUGACCUCGAUAGUGAUGGUACAGAAUCCAUCCCGCUAUUUACCCUUCCAACCUAUGAGAUUCAAGACAAUGAUAAGCAUUUUGCGCAUUGUAUGGCCGAGAUUUUAGUCCGACUGAAAAAUUACGGGACCUUACUCGUCGAUAGCUUGGAAAGUAUGCGGAAUGAAUACGUCGUGGCUUUACUACAUUCUGCCCUCCAUAUCGUACGAGAUGACACACAAAAGGAGUUUAAUAUGAGACCGCAACAUGAAAUCACGGGAGAAAAAAGUACAGGCCGAGUCGAUUACGCAAUCAAGGAAACCGAGGAUUUGAUUUGCAUCACUGAGGAUAAACAGCACAAAGUCCCAAUGGGGUACGCGCAAAAUAUUGCGCAAUUGGAGAGCUCGUUCGAAACAAACAAGAAAAAACGAAAAGCCAGUGAGGCAUUUGACGACGACUUUGAUUACCUAUAUGGUAUCGUUACAACAGGUAAAUAUGGAAUUUUAAUCGUAUUUUUAAUGAUUACAUCUCUCAAAAUUAUCCAUAAAUUCUAG